GAAGCUGAAUAUGGUGGGCAUGAUCAGAUUGAUCUGUACGAUGAUGUAAUUUCUCCAUCUGCAAAUAAUGGAGAUGCUCCGGAAGAUCGGGACUACAUGGAUUCCCUCCCACCUUCAGUUGGCGAUGACGUAGGUAAAGGAGCUGCACCAAAUGUUGUCUAUACAUAUACUGGAAAGAGAAUUGCCUUGUACAUUGGAAAUCUUACUUGGUGGACAACAGAUGAAGACUUGACAGAAGCAGUUCAUUCAUUGGGAGUAAAUGAUAUUCUGGAGAUCAAGUUUUUCGAAAAUCGUGCUAAUGGCCAGUCUAAAGGGUUUGCCCUUGUGGGUGUGGGAUCUGAAGCAUCCUCCAAGAAACUGAUGGAUUUGUUACCUAAAAGAGAAUUGCACGGGCAAAAUCCUGUUGUAACUCCAUGUAAUAAACAGUUUUUGAGUCAGUUCGAAAUGCAGUCAAGGAAGACCACACAGUCUGGUCAGAUGUCCGGGGAAGGAAAAGCUGGUCCACCAGGUGGAAGCUCACGUGCAGCUUUUCCACCUAGUAACAGAGGACGGGGCCGUUUUCCGGGUGCUAUACCAGGUGGAGACAGAUUCCCUGGACCUGCAGGGCCAGGAGGGCCACCACCACCUUUCCCAGCUGGACAAACUCCCCCGCGUCCACCCCUAGGUCCUCCAGGUCCACCAGGCCCACCCGGUCCUCCACCUCCUGGUCAGGUCCUUCCUCCUCCAUUAGCUGGACCUCCUAAUCGUGGUGACCGUCCACCACCGCCAGUUCUGUUUCCAGGACAGCCUUUUGGUCAGCCUCCCCUUGGGCCACUUCCUCCUGGCCCCCCUCCACCAGUUCCAGGCUAUGGGCCUCCCCCAGGCCCACCUCCACCUCAGCAGGGUCCACCUCCACCUCCAGGCCCAUUUCCGCCUCGGCCACCUGGCCCUCUGGGGCCACCCCUGACUCUUGCUCCUCCUCCGCAUCUCCCCGGGCCGCCUCCAGGUGCCCCCCCACCUGCACCACAUGUGAAUCCAGCCUUCUUUCCCCCACCCGCCAACAGUGGCAUUCCCACUUCCGACAGCCGCGGCCCGCCUCCGACUGAUCCCUACGGCCGGCCUCCACCAUAUGACAGAGGUGACUAUGGGCCCCCUGGCAGGCGUUUCACUGGAAAUAACAUGUCCAUAAGAGAAAAAAUACAUAUUCCAUUCUAUGGGAGGCACACGAAAAAUAAUACUCAAAACUCAGGGAGAGAAAUGGAUACUGCCAGGACACCUCUAAGUGAAGCAGAAUUUGAAGAAAUCAUGAACAGAAAUAGGGCGAUCUCAAGCAGUGCCAUUUCAAGAGCUGUAUCAGAUGCCAGUGCUGGGGAUUAUGGAAGUGCUAUAGAGACCUUGGUAACUGCGAUUUCCUUAAUUAAACAGUCCAAAGUAUCGGCUGAUGAUCGUUGUAAAGUACUUAUUAGCUCUCUUCAGGAUUGCCUUCAUGGAAUUGAGUCCAAGUCUUAUGGUUCUGGAUCCAGAAGACGUGAACGAUCCAGGGAAAGGGACCACAGUAGGUCAAGAGAAAAAAGUAGACGCCACAAAUCACGUAGCAGAGAUCGUCACGAUGACUAUUACCGGGAAAGAAGCCGUGAGAGGGAGAGGCAUCGUGACCGUGACAGAGACCGCGACAGAGAACGCGACAGAGAGAGAGAGUAUCGUCACCGUUAGAGAAGCUGAAGGAAGAGGAACGGCGUGCAAGACAAGAAACGUUCUUCACGGAAAGAUGCUUGUCCAGCAGUUUGCUUCAUGUGAUUGAACUGAGCCUGUAAGGAUUCAUGGAUAAAAUGAACAGGAAUAGAUCUGAAUAAAGCAAAUCUGCAUACAUGGUAACCAGUAGCUCUUUUACUUUUUUAUGUUGCUUAACUGUUUUAUUUGAGGGAAACCUGUGUGAUUUAAACCUUAUAGCUUUUGCAACUUUAUUACUGGUUAUAUACCUUUGGCAAUUAUAAUGUGCAAGCAAUUGGAAAAAGUCACGUAAAUGCUUGUUUUUAUAGUAGUUUGUUCUUGUUAAAAUGUUCAUAUGAUAAUGUCUGUACACAGCACCACUUUGAUUACAAUAGAUGUAGUGUUGUAAUAAACUGUUUAAUGGGG